AUGGAGAUGUUGGGCACAAAGGUUUUCAAGGCAACUCUGGAUGGGCGCGUGUUGUGGGACCUCCGAGGCGGCAAGGACAUGCACCGGUCCAUGUGGGAGAUACCGGUGCUGCCAUGGAAGGAGGCAGCAGCGCGCUUGGCUGCUGGAGAUGUGAGAGAGGGGCGUAUUAACCACGUGGACAAUGGAGGAGGUGGUGAUGACGGUGAUGGUGGGCUCCUUGGGCAUGAAGGGGCUGCGCUACCAAGUGUAACUCCUAGCACGGAGGCAACGGAGGUGUCACAUGACUUGGGAGGUGCUGAAGGGGAGGCAGUAGAGGUAGAGGGAGAGUUGCAGCAAGAGGAGGCCCCUGUAGCUGAGAGAGGUGAUGCCGAGGAGGAGGUGCAGCAGCCUACACCAUCCCCUACACUUCCACCAAGGCGGACAACCCAAGGGAAGCGUGGUGCUGUCCGUGGUGGAGCUAAGGAAGGUGCAGCCAAGGAGAGGCCCAAGAGAGCUGCUCACCCAAGGGAUUUCCUCAAGGUGUGCGAGCUCGCCAGAGUUCACAUGUUUCUCAACAGGCCGACGUUGACGAUGGCGUUCUACCCGAGCAGCGACGAUAAGACACACGGCGUGUGUUCGGUGCUGGACCGCCUGCCUCAUAGCUUCGCUUGUUUGGCACUGGCGGCAGACAAGUCGCGACGUGUGGAUCUCAACAAGACGCUCUCAGAAUGGAAGACCAGGGCUGCCGCUCGCGAGCGAGACAUAGCACUUCCCAAGCUCGGCCUGUUCCGCGACGAAAGGGAUGCCUCCAGCCUGUGGGCACCUGAGAAGGAGCGUAGUAUCGAGAAGAUAAGAGAGCGCAUUGGGCUUGGCGCUGACCCCCCUGAAAGUCUGGUGCUCACGAGUUGGGCGACCGACAGGAAUGGCAUGCCGUUUGCCUCCCGAGCGUUCGCGACGCGUGCGAAGGCCGCAUUCAAGCCGAAGAAGGCCGGGCUGGUGAUGACACUGAAGGUGUACCACCUGGCCUGGUUGGAGCAUGUGGUCUCCGACAGCGUCCUCUGCUGGGAGGAGAGGAAGGGCCGGCUCUCCAACUCGGCCAGCGGGAACGCCCACGUCAUGGAUGGGCUCAAGGACCUCGUGAAGGAGGCAUUGGAGAGGGCGAUCAGGAUCCGCAACCCGGAGUAUGACGCGGAGCGAGAGGCGUAG